GCUAUUCUCUCACACUCAAACAUAUACCUAUAAAUAGCAAAAUCAGAGAAACUGAUUCAGAAACUGAAGAGGUCUCUUAAUUUUUUUUCCAGAGCUGUUCUAAGCACAUUUUAGUUUAGAGGCAAAUUUUAUGCUUUCACAUUUAGGGAUGCUGGUAUUCCUUUAAGGGUCCUUUUAAAAUAACACAUAUUUUAUAUAUAAGAUAUUUUGUGUUAUAUUGGUGCAUUGUAUUUAUUUCAUGUUUCUGGUGUGAACAAUGGUGUGUUUGUAGCUUUUUCUCGACUCUAAGGUCAGCUCUACGGUAGAAGACGUUUCAAGGUGGUGCAGUAGAUGGCGCUGUAAGCUUUUGGGCUUUUGAGAAUGAGUAACGAUAAGCUUCCAGAGACCAAAGACACGGGCAGAAAGAAGCUCCUAACUCGUUCAUGCUGUGUUGUGCUGUGUUUUUCCCCCACCUGAUUUUCGCCUAAUCCCGCCCCUUGUGAACUCGGAUUGGCUGUUGGUGUCUCGCCUCCUGCGCGGGGAUUGGCUAGUAGUUGGCGUUCUGGAAGGGCGCGCUGCUUGUGAGUAUUCAGUGCUAGUCAUUCUGAGCGGAGGGGGCGGGGCUUGCGGAAUACGGGUGGGAAAUAUAAAAGAAUAAAUAAAUAAAAUAACGCCAGUCAUACAGAGGUGAGUGAGAGAACGCAGGGAUAUAGAGCCUGCCUGAGAAAGAGAGAGAGCAGCUUAUUUUUAUUAGGCUGUACACGUUUCUCUAAACGCUUCUAAACGUGACAACAAGCUGAGAAAUAUGUGUUGAGAUUUUUCCGUUGUAAAAUCAGCAAGUGCACCGUGGGAAAUUGUUCCAGAGCGGGUAAAAUGAGGAGAAAAGACGGCUCGCUCCUUCAUUCAUAGCCGCUGGUGUAGUGGGUGGUGUGCCGGACUCGUGGUUCACUCUCACUGACUCGCUGGAGAGAAAGCCUGGGAGAUGAUGCUGAAGGCGCUGCACCCUGCGGUGGGGGUCUCCGGGCGUUCUGCUGCUCGGGGUCGUGGCCCAUCCCUCUGAGGCGACUGUCUAUGGAGGACGGAGCUGCUGUCAAGAGGACAUUACGGUCGGAAGUCCUCAGAGGACCUUUAACUCGCGCUUUUUCGGGAAGAUGUGUGGCGGCGCCUGGCUCGCAGGCACGACGUUGAUUUACAAUGAUGGGACCGCGCACUCAUUCACAACCAGAGGCGAGUAUGACCCCUCCACGGCGCUCCUCAAAUCCUGCUGACAGGUCGUCUGCAGAAACAGUGCAGAAGAACAGCAUCAGCAACAGUGGAGUUAUACUGGACAUCUCCACGCUGAAGAUGGCCGAUGUGGACUCCGAGGUCCCCCCACUACCUCCACGAUACCGUUUCAGAGACCUGCUGCUGGGCGAUCAGUCUUUUCAGAACGACGACAGGGUACAAGUGGAGUUCUAUGUGAAUGAAAACACGUUCAAAGAGAGGCUGAAGCUCUUCUUCAUCAAAAACCAAAGGUCAAGCCUCAGAAUACGCCUUUUCAACCUCUCCCUGAAGCUGUUAACUUGCCUCCUCUACAUCAUCCGAGUGUCUCUGGAUGACCCCACCACUCAAGUCUCAUGUGCGCGGAAGCACUGCUCAAACAUCACAGACACGCUCUGCAGUAAAAUAUGUGCCAAUCAGACAGCGGAUCCCGCCCAGAUCAAUUGGGAGUUGAUAUUCUGGGUGAACAGAAAGGUUCCUGUAUGGGCGAUACAGGUGAUAGUGGCCUUAAUUAGCUUCCUGGAAGCAAUGCUCUUGACAUAUCUCAGCUAUAAGGGGAACAUUUGGGAACAGAUAUUCCAGGUCUCCUUCAUCCUCGAGAUGAUCAAUACAGUGCCAUUCAUAAUAACAAUCUUUUGGCCCCCAUGGAGGAACAUAUUUGUCCCUGUGUUUCUUAACUGCUGGCUUGCCAAGUCUGCACUGGAGAACAUGAUUAAUGAUCUUCAUCGUGCCAUCCAACGCACACACUCCGCCAUGUUCAACCAGGUGCUCAUCCUCAUCUGCACCCUGCUCUGCCUGGUCUUCACCGGGGCCUGUGGGAUUCAGCACCUGGAGCGAGCAGGAAAGAGCCUCUCCUUAUUUGACUCUCUGUAUUUCUGUAUUGUGACUUUCUCCACUGUGGGCUAUGGAGACGUCACGCCGAGAAUCUGGCCCUCGCAGCUACUGGUGGUCAUAAUGAUCUGUGUGGCACUAGUGGUCCUGCCAUUACAGUUUGAGGAGCUGGCGUAUCUGUGGAUGGAGAGGCAGAAGUCUGGUGGAAACUACAGCAGACACCGUGCUCAGACUGAGAAACACGUGGUGCUCUGUGUCAGCUCCCUCAAGAUCGAUCUUCUCAUGGACUUUCUUAAUGAGUUCUACGCUCAUCCCAGACUACAGGAUUACUACGUGGUCAUCCUCUGCCCCACAGAGAUGGACAUCCAAGUGCGGCGGGUGCUGCAGAUUCCUCUCUGGUCCCAGAGGGUCAUCUACCUGCAGGGCUCUGCACUGAAGGACCAGGACCUUAUGAGAGCCAAGAUGGAUGAUGCCGAGGCUUGCUUCAUUCUCAGCAGCAGGAACGAAGUGGACCGCACCGCAGCUGACCAUCAGACCAUCUUAAGAGCCUGGGCAGUGAAGGACUUUGCUCCAAACUGUCCUCUGUACGUCCAGAUACUCAAACCUGAGAACAAAUUCCACGUCAAGUUUGCUGAUCAUGUGGUGUGUGAAGAGGAGUUCAAGUACGCCAUGCUGGCUCUGAACUGUGUGUGUCCAGCCACUUCCACCCUGGUAACACUGUUGGUCCACACUUCACGGGGACAGGAGGGCCAGAUGUCUCCAGAGCAGUGGCAGAGAACGUAUGGCCGCUGCUCAGGUAACGAGGUCUAUCACAUCCGUCUAGCAGACAGCAAGUUCUUUGGAGAGUAUGAUGGGAAGAGCUUCACCUACGCCUCCUUCCACGCACAUAAAAAAUAUGGGGUAUGCCUGAUUGGUGUAAAGAGAGAGGACAACAAGAGCAUCCUGCUCAACCCCGGCCCCCGCCACAUCAUGGCCGCCACAGACACCUGCUACUACAUCAACAUCACCAAGGAGGAGAACUCCGCCUUCAUCUUCAAACAGGAAGAGAAGCACAGCAAGGGUCUGCCAGUCACAGGCCUGUACGACGCCCCCUCGCGCCUGCCGGUGCAGAGCAUCAUAGCCAGUAUGGUUGAUCAGUCUACUUCGUAUGGCACAGUGGCCAUCGACCUGCAGAACCCGGACCCCCCGGCCGACAGCAGCAAGCUAGCCAUACCCACAGAGAACGGGGCGGGCAGCCGGAGACCCAGCAUCGCACCUGUACUGGAACUGGCUGACUCCUCUGCCAUCCUGCCCUGUGACCUGCUCAGUGACCCGUCAGAGGACGAGACCAACCAAUCAGAUGAGGAAGGAGUUCCAGCCCCUGAAUAUGUAAAAGGAUAUCCUCCUAAUUCUCCUUAUAUUGGGAGUUCUCCUACCCUUUGCCACCUUUUACAAGAGAAGGCUCCAUUUUGCUGUCUGCGACUAGACAAGGGUUGUCGCCAUAACAGUUUCGAGGACGCAAAGGCGUACGGCUUCAAAAACAAGCUGAUCAUCGUUUCUGCUGAGACGGCUGGAAAUGGCCUGUACAACUUCAUUGUUCCACUGCGUGCCUACUACAGACCCAGGAAAGAGCUCAACCCCAUCGUGCUGCUGCUGGAUAAUCCGCCGGAUAAUCAUUUUCUGGAAGCCAUCUGCUGUUUCCCUAUGGUCUACUUCAUGGCCGGCACCAUAGACAAUUUGGAUAAUUUGCUGCAGUGUGGGAUUAUCUACGCGGAUAAUCUGGUGGUGGUGGAUAAGGAGAGCACUAUGAGUGCAGAGGAGGACUACAUGGCAGAUGCUAAAACUAUAGUCAAUGUUCAGACCAUGUUUAGGUUAUUCCCCAGUCUCAGUAUUAUCACUGAGUUAACUCAUCCCUCUAAUAUGAGAUUCAUGCAGUUCCGAGCCAAAGACUGCUACUCCUUGGCUCUCUCCAAACUAGAAAAGAAACUUGUUCGUUAUCAGCAACUCGAAGUAGAAAUCCUAGCUGGUAAAUUCACUAGUAGCCUAUGGAAUUUCUGCCUCCCUCCGGCAGAAAACGAUCCAGUGCAGAUAGAGAGAGAUAAGGGCUCCAAUCUUGCCUUCAUGUUCCGCCUCCCUUUCGCUGCUGGCAGAGUGUUCAGUAUCAGCAUGCUGGAUACACUCCUGUACCAGUCCUUUGUGAAGGACUACAUGAUCCCUAUUGCAAGACUCCUGCUCGGCCUUGACACUACUCCAGGCUCCGGCUACCUCUGUGUAAUGAAGGUAACAGAAGAGGACCUGUGGAUUCGGACCUAUGGAAGACUUUUCCAGAAACUCUGUUCCUCCAGUGCAGAAAUCCCCAUCGGCCUGUAUCGUACAGAAUCUCACAUGUUCUCAUCGUCAGAGUUCAAGGAAGUUUGCAGGCAGUCUCAGGUGUCCGUCAACGUGGAGGAUUGUGAGGAGGCGCGGGAUCGCCGAGAGUCCUGGAAAGAGAAAACCGCCCACAGGAACUCGACGGGCAGCGACCAGUCAGAGCAUCCCCUCUUAAGGAAAAAGAGCAUGCAGUGGGCACGACGGCUGAGCCGGAAAAACACCAAGCCCCCCAGCCGAGCCGAGCGCAUCAACCAGCAGCGCCUCAACCUCUACAGACGCUCAGAGAGGCAGGAGCUCUCCGAACUGGUGAAGAACCGCAUGAAACAUCUGGGCCUGCCCACUAUUGGAUACGAGGACGUAGCUAAUUUAACUGCGAGUGAUGUGAUGAACCGGGUAAAUCUAGGAUAUUUGCAAGAUGAAAUGAAUGAUCAUCAGAACACGCUGUCCUACGUUCUCAUCAACCCUCCUCCAGACACUAUCCUCGAGCUCAAUGAUAUUGUGUACAUCAUCCGCUCGGACCCGCUGGCCCAUGUGCCCGACGACCUCCCUGGCCAGGCAGGGGCCAGAAUGAAGCAGGACUUUGGUGCAGAGACACGAGGAGAGACGCAUCUCUGAGGGCCGGCGUUGAGUUGUACUUCCUGCAGGCUGCUUCCGCUCCAGAGCAUGUACGAAGAGUGCCUCCUGACCCCAGCCUAAACAACCCACCCACCUACCGUCCACCAGACCACAUCUACACGUCUACAUCAGUCCAGACACGCUGCCCUCUGAAGCCACAGGGCCAAAACUACAACUCCACUACCAUCACUUACAAUGUCCAGCACUUUGGAUGAAUCCCAAUUAAAUUUUAUGACCUACAGUAUAAGUGGAAUCUGUUGGCGCAUGGCAGCGGAGCUCCCAGGAUGUAGUCGUUUCUGGUAACGUUUUGUACUUCAGAUGGAGAGGUGAUCUAACAGGUGAUCUAACAGGUGAUCUGAGAGGUGGGUUGUACUAACAAAUAGAGUCUUUCUGGACCAAAGCCUGUUUCUUUCAAUGGGCUGUGAAUAAAGACUCGAGAAUGGGAUUGGGCCCUCCAAUCAGAGAGUGGCAUAAGCAUUGGGGUGGCAAAUAAAGGAGAUUUGAAGAAGUCGUGACGAUGUUAUGAACACCCACAGUAUACAAAGUGAUCCAUUUUGUAUAUACAUGUAGGUAGAUACUGGUUUACAUGCUCACUGGUUCUGCAGUAUUCAUUAAGUAUUAUAUUUUGUAUUGUUUUGUCCUGGAAGCACAAGCCUUUAGAACUGCCCACACCCCAGUGAAAUCAAAAUCAAGCUCUUUAAUUAUCAUUAAGAAUUGUGUUAAAUUAUAUAGAUAUGAAGUUUUAACUUUUUAGUAUGAAAAUCUUAUUAUAUACGUAUUAUUUAUCGAUCCGCUUUCGGAUUUUUUAUCAUCACAUUGUAAACUCACAACACUAAUCACCUUUAUAACUAAUAUUUUGAACGUUCAGAACCUCAUAUCUCAGAUGCAGAUUGAUUGAAUGACUUAAUGUAUUGUGCGAAUUUAUAUGAAGAUGCUCCCCGUGACCUCUUGAACCUGAUAUUAUUAAUGAGAUAAUUAUUCAUUAUGAUAAGUUCAGUCAUAUCAUCAUAUCAGUCACGAUAUUCCUCAGAAGGGCUGCUUAUGAAAAUUUGUACACACAAACUGACAUAAAAACACAUAAAGUGGGGGGUAUAAUAGAGAGUAUUAGUAAGAAACAGUUUAUAAUUACAGUUGUGUAAUAUUGUAUUUUUUAGUUACUAACUUAUUGCUGUUCAGCUUCUCAUUUUCUCUCUAUGUCGUCCUGCAUAGUCCUGUGUUCACACUAGUAGCAGCAAGGACAAGGAACUUAAAUCGCCCCUGGUUUAUCUCUUCCGACAAAAAAAGUGUAAUUGCCAAAACAAAUACUAUGUAUGUAUAUAGCUCUGGAAAAAAUAAAGAGAGCAUUUCAAUUUCUGAAUCAGUCCCUCUGAUUUUGCAAUUUAUAGGUUUAUGUUUGAGUAAAAUGAACAUUGUUGUUUUAUUCUAUAAACUACAGACAAUAUUUCUCCCAAAUUCCAAAUAAAAAUAUUGUCAUUUAGAGCAUUUAUUUGCAGAAAAUGAGAAAUGGCUGAAAUAACUAAAAAGAUGCAGAGCUUUUAGACCUCAAAUAAUGCAAAGAAAACAAGUUCAUAUUUAUAAAGUUUUAGAGUUCAGAAAUCAAUAUUUGGUGGAAUAAUUCUGGUUUUUAAUCACAGUUUUCAUGCAUCUUGGCAUGUUCUCCUCCACCAGUCUUACACACUGCUUUUGGAUAACUUUAUGCCACACCUGGUGCAAAAAUUCAAGCAGUUCAGCUUAGUUUGAAGGCUUGUGCUCGUCCAUCUUCCUCUUGAUUAUAUUCCAGAGGUUUCCAAUUUUGGUAAAAUCAAGGAAAAACUUCAUCAUUAAGUGGUCUCUUUAUUUUUUUUUUUCCAGAUCUGUAUAAUAAUGUGAUCCAAACCAUUAUUAUGUCACAUUGUUUUUUUUUUUCCAGAACAUUACAGAGUAACCUUCAUAGAACAUUUUAAAACAUAAAAAAAUACUCAUAACAUUCUGCUAGCUGAAUUCUGUCAGCUAACUCCUUUGAGGCUUUCCUCUUGUUGCUACAUCAUGGGUAAAAUCACAUUCUCUUAUAGGAAAUGACUGGUUGCUUGUCGCUGUCACUGCUAGUGUGAACGCAGAUUUACUUUAAACUGAAAACUGUAUGUUUUGUCUGCAUGUUUAUUUACUUUCUGUUCAGACAUUUUUACACCUAUUGUUGGUUUGAUCUGGUCUGAGUCAGUUAACAAGUUUGUAAACUUGAUGUGCUUUCCCCUUUUAGUUUAGUUUAGUCUGUUUUCACACAGAGAGAAAAAAAAUCUAAUGCACAAUAACGGGUCACAACAAACCACGUGAGAACAUUCUCUCGGCUUUCUCGUCAGUUCUGUCUGGGGUGGGAGCUAGAAAGUAAAUACAGGAAGAAGGUCCUUUGUUCCGAACUAGUGCAUAUUUUAGGUUAGGCUGGAUCGAGGUUCACACCACAAAUGAACCACCUUCAGAUGUGAUUACUGUAAUCACACCUGCCCAAACAAAUCACACACAGAGUCUAAUUUAACUGGACUAAAACGUUCAGGUGUGAAAACACCUUUCAUUGUUUAAAAUAGAUAACAUCCAGAAUACAUAAAAAGCAGAAUAAAUAGAGAUAUAUAGAAUCUGAUCAUCAGAUUUUGCACUAAGCAUGACCCUUUAACCCAACACUACACUAAGGUAGUGGCAGUCACGUAAAUGUACCCCUUUGUUUUUUCUUGUUUUCUUCUCAUUGCAUGUGAUUUUAAGGAUAAAUCGAGGAAACCACGUAGACAGAUGUAGAAUUUUAUCAAUUUUCAGGGGAAUUUUUGAUAUCUAACAUCAGAACCAUAAAUCUUUUAAAUAUUUUUCUAAUAUUAUUUCUAAUAGCCACAUCAAGGAAGGGUCUAAUUAUGAUUAACGUAUUUAUUCAACACACCAAGCAGCAGCAGGUCGUCUACAGGUCCUCCCAUCUGCAUUGAUAUGUGCAUCCUGGCCAGACAGAGUGAAGCUGGAUCCUCUCAGGAAGUGGAGAGGGCUGGCAGGAGGAUUGCCCAGAAAAAGAGAUAACGUUUCAGACAGGAUAGAUAACACGAUGUCGAUAAACGUCACUAUUAAAAAAACAGCCAUCAAAAGAGCUCCAAAUCAAGCCAUAUCAAAAGGUCUGAUCUUCUAGCCAUAAAAUCUGAUCACUCAUUUUUGUAUUCAGUCAUAUCAGUCUUCUAUGGUGUUGGAAAAGAGGCCUGAACUCUAGAUUUCCGACCCUGCGUUUACACACACACAAACACAUAUAUAUUUCCUUGAGUAAAAUCUGACUGACCACAGGAUAGUCGGUCACUGCUUGCCGUCCACCGGUUACCUCAAUUGUCUUGCUCAUGGCAACUACCUUAAAGUCAAAGAGUCAAAGGUUCUACAUUAGGUAGACUGUUCACAUUUUGAUACGAUUUCUUUUGCUCUGCUGUCAUAUUGUGCAUGUUAAUCUAGCCUAUUGACUUCCUUUCUGAAAGUUCCACGUUCUGUUCUAUUGCCAAACCAACAAACACUUCCAACACAGUGUUUCUCUACAGCAAAAAGUACGUAGUAACGUGAGCAUUUCAAUAGAGUUAGAAGACACAUGAAUCGUGCAUGUCCUUAAUAUUGCCAAACUUCUGAGAGACCCAUGUUUACAUUUGCUGGCUCCUGUUUCUUUUUUGUGCAGAACGGUGCAUUGUAAAGAAGAACUGAUCCAUUUUUGUACAAUUUCUUAUAUGAAGUCUCUGCACUUCCAAUAUGUACGAAUGAUUCAAUAAAUGCUGCAUGCAGCCAGAAAACA